GAGAGAGAGAGAGAGAGAGAGAGAGAGAGAGAGAGGAGGCAGAGAGAGAAGCUGAGGAGGCAGGUGCCUGCGAAUUUGAGAUUUGAUUUGAAGACAUCACUCACUGACUUGGAGGAAAUGAAUUCUGUACGGAGACUGAACAGCAUUUUGACUUUGGUUCUUUCUGGCUUGUGGCAUUUAGGAUUAACAGCGACAAAUUACAAUUGUGAUGAACCAUUGGCCUCCUUCCUCUCACCACUGGCUUUUUUCAGCUCCUCAGAUCUCAAUGGAAGAUUCACCCCACCUCAACUCAACUGGAGAAUAGGAUCUGGUGGUUGGUCCCCAGCAGUUUCCAAUGCCCAUCAGUGGCUUCAGAUUGACCUGGGAAACAGAGUGGAGAUUACAGCGGUGGCUACACAGGGAAGAUAUGGGAGCUCUGACUGGGUGACAAGCUAUCGCCUGAUGUUCAGUGAUACUGGGCACAACUGGCAACAGUACAAGCAAGAAGACAGCAUCUGGACAUUUGUCGGAAACACAAAUGCUGAUGGUGUGGUUUACCACAAGCUGCUGCAUUCCGUGAGAGCCCGAUUUGUUCGCUUUGUGCCCCUGGAGUGGAAUCCAAAUGGAAAGAUUGGCAUGAGAGUGGAGGUCUAUGGAUGCUCCUACAAAUCAGAUAUUGUUGGCUUUGAUGGCCAGAGCACGCUUUUGUAUAGAUUCAAUCAGAAGACAAUGAGCACCCUCAAAGACGUGAUUUCCCUGAAGUUCAAGAGCAUGCAAGGAGAUGGAGUUCUAUUCCACGGAGAAGGACAACGUGGAGACCACAUUACCUUGGAGUUGCAGAAGGGCAGGCUAGCCCUAUACCUGAACAUAGAUGGCAGCAAAGCCCGGCUCAGCAUCAUUGCACCCUCGGCCAUUCUGGGUAGCCUUCUGGAUGACCAGCACUGGCACUCAGUACUCCUGGAGCGUGUGGGCAAGCAGGCAAACUUCACUGUGGACAGGAACACACAGCACUUCCAGAUCAAGGGUGAGACCGAUGCCCUGGAUAUUGAUUAUGAGCUCAGUUUUGGAGGAAUCCCAGUACCAAGCAAACCUGGGACCUUUUUAAAGAAAAACUUCCAUGGCUGUAUUGAAAACGUUUACUACAAUGGAGUGAACAUAAUUGAUUUGGCUAAAAGACGCAAGCAUCAGAUCUACUCAGUGGGCAAUGUUACCUUUUCCUGCUCAGAACCAGAAAUUGUGCCCAUCACAUUUGUCAACUCCAGGAGCAGUUAUUUGCUGCUGCCUGGCAUCCCCCAAAUUGAUGGGCUGUCAGUGAGUUUCCAGUUUCGGACAUGGAAUGAAGAUGGUCUGCUUCUGUCCACAGAACUGUCUGAAGGCUCAGGGACCCUGCUGCUCCUCCUGGAUGGCGGGAGACUGAGGCUCCUUAUUAAGAAAGUAGCAAGACAUGGAACUGAGAUCAUCACAGGAAGCAGCUUGAAUGAUGGCCUCUGGCAUUCUGUCAGCAUCAAUGCCAGGAGAAAUCGUGUUACUCUCACACUGGAUAAUGAUGCUGCUUCCCCAGCUCUGGACACCUCUCAGCUACAGAUUUAUUCUGGAAAUAGUUACUACUUUGGAGGUAAAUUUGGUAGCCUUUGAGAUUUCAAGUACAGGGUCAGGGAAAUUAUUCUGCCAUGUGCUUUGUCAAACAUGCUCUGUCAAUCAGACACUUCAUACAGCUAUUGCAUGCACACAUGCACAUUUAUUCAAGCACCAAACAUUGAGAAACCAAAAUCUCAGGCCAGUUGCAAAUAUUUAUCUAAGUUAUUACUGAGAGUAAAAGUCCCUGAGGCUAUUUGAGCUGGGUUUUAUAACUCAUCAAAAUUCUUGAUUCCUGUAGCCAUGCCAAGCUCUUCAUCCUCAUACUGGAAAAAACAA